GCAUACAACGUGUUACUUCCUCUUCGUUGAAAGUCCGUGUCAUCGUGUUAUCGCAACAAUUUUCAGCGCAUCGUCUGGCGGAAAUCUUUCGAAAUCUAACCUAAUUUUACCAAGCUAACGAAACAAAAUGUCGAUGAAUGACAACCGGCUCUAUAUGAUGAAUGAUAUAUUUAAUGGAAUGUCUAAGGAGUUCGUAACCGUUGACGGCAAUGUGAGAAAAAUUCAAAAAGAGACUCUCACUCCUUACAAAGUGGCAACUGUCAUUCUGAUUAAGGAAUAUUGUAAUGACACUACAAGAGAGAUCACAGAGAGACGUAACUUCUGUUUGGCAUCAUUAAAAUUAAUUCAGUCGGCAGACAUGGAAUUGGAUGCCCUGCUGAAUAUGCUAUACGAGCCAGAAUAUGCUUUACAUCGAUUUGCGGAUCGGCUGGAAAUAAAUCUGGAUGCCAUACAUGAGAAAGGAAUUGACGAGCUGUUGGAUUUAUUUGAUAAUCUUCGCCGAUUAAUGGAAUCUAAAGAUCACGCAUUAGCCUUACCAGCCUUAAGCAGAAACUCUGUUCUUGGGUUAUACGUUCGUAGAAUGCUUAUUUUCUUUGAGAAAUUAGCCUUUGAUCAAGUAGUCGCUCUUUACAAUGAUAUGGAAAAAUAUGUUGUGAAGAAAAUCGACCUAGACAGUUCGGACAUUUCUACAAUCUCUAAGCAAGAAGAUUUUGGUCCAGAUAAUAAAGUAAAAACGAUUUGGGGUGGAAGACAGGCAGAAUUACUCGUAGCACAGCAGGCGCAUGCUUUACAAACCGAUGAACAUAAAGCACUACCGCCGGUGGAGUUGCAGACCCUUGUACAAGAUCUAUUGAAGUCUAAUCCUUAUAACGCGGAUGCACAUUAUCUGAGUUAUCUGAAUUGUAUCCGCGUGAACGACUUUUGUGGGGCGAUAGACAGUCUCUAUCACUGUUUUGACAGACUGGCACCUCUGGAGAACCGAUCCACAUCCGAGGAUCGAUCUCGUACUUUCCGAUACGCAGCACUCAAUUUGGCCGUUCUACACGCUCAGUUUAACCACAAGAAAGUCGCACAGUAUGCUUUGAAAGAAGCUGUUAAAUUAGCUCAAGAAGCUGGAGACAACGUGUGCUUGCAGCUCGCGCAUUCUUGGAUGUCUUAUUUAACCAGCAAAGAAAAUAAAGGGCCUCUGAUAGAACGUUCAGUCGGCAAAGCAAGUUUGCUCGGAAUCACGCAUACAACAGGUUUAAGCCUUAUUUCUCACGCGCACAGUUAUGCCUUGGAAGCUAAGAAUCCUCAUCAAGUGUUUGAUAUUUUGAUGAAAUCAGACAUGCUAAACUGUCAGCACUCGAUGUCCGACUUGAUGUCCAUCACUUUUGGGGAAAAAGCAGCACUAUGGGCAUAUUAUGGUAAAACGGAAAUGGCUUCUCUCUGCGCUCAAUUGCUACUUCUUCAUAAUACGGGUGAUAAGAAGCAGCACAUGUUCAAUGGACCGUCUACGUGUCAGGCUAUCGUCACAGUCGCGAAUAUGUUGAUCGAGUUCGGCGAAUAUAGUCUCGCCGAAGUUGUGCUGACACAUGCUAAGGAAAGAUUUCCUAACAGUCCUUGCAACCAGAUUUGGAUGUUGAGUGAACAAUUGCAUAUAUUUACACAACUGCUACGACAAGAAAAAUGGAGCGAAGCGGAAGCAGCAGCUAGGAAUAUCUCCAGCUUAGAUCAGUUGGAAUCCAAACUCAAAUUGGCCGAAGUUUGUCUGGCUAAAGGCGAUUUUCCCAAAGGAUUAGAGUACAUCGGUGCUAUCGGAGAACAUCCGAACGUUACUCCGCCAUAUAUGAUACGCGCAGUGCUUCUUUCUAGUCAGAUAAUGUGCGCUUCGUCCUCGCCAGAUAACGGGACAGCGAUCGUUACUAACUGCAUAAUGCGUCUUUGUUCAGCCUUGGAAUUGGCUACACAAAAUUAUUUGUCGUACUACAAAGCACUUGUCAAGAUGAAUCUUGCCAAUGUACAAUUGUCAAUGGGUUUGCCUAUAUUAGCCUUGAACUUGGUGGAGGACACUAUUCCCACGAUCUUGGGUCAUGGUGGUUGUUACGAUCAAGGAAAAGCGUUUAUGUUAUAUGGCAAGUGUCUUAUAGCUUCGGCGCCAGAGAAUCCUUUCGAAGUUCGAAAGGAGGUGAUUCUAAGCGGAAUAAAAACUCUGUCAAAGGCACAGACGUUCUUUACCAAGGUCAACGCCAUUGCGAAAGUCAAAAGCAUUGUGCAUCUGCAAGCUGUUUUCUACAACGAAAUUGAUCUUCUAUCUGAGCGAAAUCAAUGCGCCUUCGAGUUUCGUCAAUUGGAUGAGCAAUACUUAACGACUCCUACCGAUCCGUUUUUGUAUUAAAAUUUGAGAGGAUAAUUUUCUAUAUAAAGAUAUGGGAAUGAAGAAGAAGAUAUGGAGUUUAGUAGAACGACAAGGAUAGAUGUUGAUAACGUCAAUAGCAUCUCCCCGAACAUGUGUAGUUAUGCGAUUAACGAAUUUAUCAAGGUUUUGUUUAUAAGAAAUCAAAUUCAUUUUAAUUAUAUUCAUUUCAAUCGUGUAAUAAAAUUAUUCAUCUCACGAGAAUAUUUACUUUUCAUGUAUAGACGUUUCAGGCUAUCAGAAGGUUCUCUUUACGUUAAAUAUAUCUAAAUAUUAAAUC